UAUUGUUUGUUCCCAAUUCGGUAGAAAAGUUAUUCUGCAUCGUGAAAAGUAAGACGCAAAUUGCAGAUUUAGCAAAUAACGUGGUUCUGGAUUAACUGUAUUUACACUAACUUGUAGAGCUUGAGAGCUUUACAUAGUGAAAUGUAUUCGACGGAGUGAUUCGAGAUUCACCUUCGCGUGUUCGUUGUUUCGCUUGAAAGUUUAUUUGCCGCUUUAUUAUGCGUUCGUUGACCGCGGUCCACGGGCACCCGCUGCCUGAGCUGGGCGUUCCCUCCAACAUUAACCAGGGCGACGGGAACGGCGACGACAUGGCCGGCGCGCAGGACACCAUCUACCUCUGCAACUUCCGUGUCUCGGUCGACGGAGAGUGGCUCUGUCUAAAGGAAUUACAAGACAUGGAAAUGCAGGAUUCCUAUAUAAAGCCUGCCGAGCCGGGCGUUAUCACCUCACCCGACGAUCCUAUGCAUUCUUUAAUGGCACGUGACCCCGUAGUCAUAGAGCGCAGCAACCUGGUGAAUAUCUCCAAGUUAAUUGUUAAGGAGCUAAUCGAGCAAUCGCUCCGAUAUGGACGGAUGUUGGACAGUGACCAUCUGCCGCUGCACCACUUCUUCAUCGUCCUCGAACAUGUCAUGCGUCACGGACUUAAACCGAAAAAGCAUUUGCAGGGUCUUCUUGGUCCUAAAAAGGAGCUGUGGGAUAUUCUUCAGAUGGUUGAAAAAUACUCACCAGAAGCAGCCGAUAUUACAGCCAGUGUCCGAGAUCUUCCAACCGUCAAAACCGCAAUGGGCCGUGCGCGCGCCUGGCUCCGACUCGCGCUGAUGCAGAAGCGCCUCGCGGACUACAUGCGACUCCUGCUGGAGCAUCGAGAGGACACGCUCGAGGAAUACUUCGAGCCGCAUGCCCUUAUGCUGAACGACGAGGCCGUGAUCAUCACGGGGCUGCUCGUCGGCCUCAACGUCGUCGACUGCAAUCUGUGUGUCAAGGAGGAAGAUUUGGACAGCCAGCAAGGCGUGAUUGAUUUCUCGCUGUACCUCCGAGGCAGCAACUCCUCCGCCGACCUGACCACCACCGCCAACAACGCCAACACGGAGCCGAAGCAGCGGCACAUCAACACCAUGUUAGACCAAAAGAACUACAUCGAGGAACUCAAUCGGCAUCUCAACGCAACGGUAGCUAAUCUCCAAGCCAAAGUUGAAAGUCUGACAACAACGAACGCCUUAAUGAAGGAAGACUUAGCGAUUGCCAAAAACACAAUGAUCACUUUGGUCGAAGAGAAUAAUCAACUGAAACAUGCAUUGGGCCAAGACAUCACUAAAGAUAGUAGGAUGAAAGUAACUGAGCUGCAGUCGGAUGAAGAGGAAAAACGCAGUGUCAAGAGUGUCACGUCUGAUAAGACUAAGAACGAAAAAGAUAGCGAAUUAGGACGAGUACUGGAGGAAGAAAGGAAGAAAAAUGUAGAGCUGCAAAGAGAACUGGAUUUACAGAUUUCAUUAAAAGCUGAGAUGGAGGUAGCUAUGAAAUUAUUGGAAAAAGACAUACAUGAUAAACAAGACACAAUAAUAUCUCUACGACGACAACUCGAUGAUAUCAAAUUAAUUAAUUUGGAAAUGUACAAAAAAUUACAGGAAUGUGAAAGUUCCUUGAAACAUAAAACAGAGCUAAUAGCCAAAUUGGAAGCAAAGACUGAAUCAAUGGGCAGCACGAUACAUCAGCUUGAUGAGAAGUUAAAGGAAGACAAGGCUGCUAGACAAAGUUUGGAAGAGAGCGCACGGUCGCUGGGGCAGAAGGCUGCGGCCGCGGAGACGAGAGCAGUGACCGCCGAGGGGGAUCUGAGGAUAGAACACGAGUGGAGGACUUCGCUCCAGGAAUCAAUGAUACGCGACCGAGACAAAAUAUCAAUGUUGACACAAGAAGUAGAAUCUCUCAAAUCUAUUGGACAGAAAUAUCUAUCCCUACAAGAAGAACAACACCUACUAAAGACUCAAUACAGUGAAGCUCAGAAGACUCUAGAAGAAGUUGGUGCGACGUUAAGCGAGAACAAGCUACAGUUAGCCGAAUUGUUAGAGAAGGAAGCCUUGACGGCCUCCGCUGACGACACGCCGAACUGGACCAGCGACAAGGACGCCACGGUUUGCACGGCCUGUGCCAAAGAGUUUACGAUAGCGAGGCGGAAACACCACUGCAGACGCUGCGGCCACAUAUUCUGCAGCGCGUGCAGCGACAAGUCCGUGGCGUUGGCCGGCAACACCAAGCCCGUGCGCGUGUGCGACGCCUGCUACGCCGAGGUCAGGUUAACGUAGCCGUAACUUAACUAGGUUACUAUUCAAUUCAUACGGCUGCAUUACG